AUGGAGCUGCUCUGCUACAACACGGGCUGCGGGCAGCGCUUCGACCCCGCGCGCAACUCGCCGGAUUCCUGCGUGUUUCACCCGGGCGUCCCCAUCUUCCACGACGCCCUGAAGGGAUGGUCGUGCUGCAAGAAACGCACCACGGACUUCUCCGAGUUCCUCGCCAUAAAGGGCUGCACGAAGGGGUAUCACAGCAAGGAGAAGCCCCCUCAGCCGUUGAGCCGGGAGGAGACCUCAGAGAAGCCGAAGGCUGAGCCGGCUGCAGAGCUCAUUGUCCAAGGACCAGCGUCAGCGGAGCGGAGGCAGCGGGAAAGGCCAAGCUCCGACGAACCCAGGCAGCUGCUGCCCAUUAAAGCAUCCAGGUCUCUGCAGCAGGCGCUGGAGAAGCUGGAGCUGCGUGCGCAGGAGAGGGACGGCGAGGGCAGCGGCGUGAGAGCUGGCACCGCCUGCAAGAACGCGGCCUGCAAGGCGAUCUACCAGGGGCCGGACAGCGACGCAGACACUUGCACUUUCCACCCGGGAGUCCCCGUCUUCCAUGAGGGGAUGAAGUACUGGAGCUGCUGCGCGGUGAAAUCCACGGAUUUUGGGGCCUUCCUGGAGCAGCCAGGCUGCAGCAGCGGGCGGCACUGCUGGGAGCAGAAGCGGGCCGCGUCCUGCCGCCACGACUGGCACCAGACCGGCAGCCACGUGGUGCUCACCGUCUACGCCAGGAACCCGCUGCCAGCCCUCAGCACCGUCAAAGCCAACCGCACCGUGCUCGAGGUUCACGUCGUCUUCGAGGGCGAUAAGGUCUUCCAGGCAGAACUGGAGCUCUGGGGGGUGAUCGACACGGGCAAGAGCUUCGUGAGCAUGGUGCCCACCAAGGUGGAGGUGACGCUGAGCAAGGCGAGCGCCGGGCGCUGGGCCGCGCUGCAGCUGCCGCCGGGCAGCCCGCGCGCCCGCGGGGACCGCGCGGACCGGGACCCUGCCCCGGCGCCGGAGCCCCGCGGAGCCCUGGACGACGACUCGGACGACGGCCUGAGCUGGUCGGAGGAUGAGGAUGAGGACGAGGAGAUGGGGAGGGCGUCGCUGAGUGCCUGAUGCCCCCGUUGCAACACGCCGGCGCCGCGGC